AUGCCCGGACCCUCGGGGUGCCGCGUCGGCCCUAGGCCGAGCACCCAGGCGACGCGCGAACGGCCAACCAUGACAACCAAGCUCCACGCAGGCGCCUCAUACUUCCUAUCCGGCGUCAUGCAAGGCAAGAAGGCCGACGGCGAGGGCAUCGCUGGAACCGUGCCGCAGGACUACCGCCGAGAGAUGAAGGAUGCCAUCCUCGCAGUGGACCAUGGCGCCGCCAUAAUCGAGCCGUGGGAUCUCGUCGGAGCAGAGGUGCAGAAGAUCUACCGGGAUGGCACGCCACAAUCGGCGAUGUUCGAAGCCGAUGCAGAUGUGAAGCAUUGCUUCGAGGUCUGCGUGGACGCCGCGGCGCACGCGGAUGUCGUCGUCUCAUUCCUGCCAGAGGCUUCCAUGGGCUCCGCGGUUGAGAUUUAUGCUGCCAAGCAGGCUGGCAAGCCCGUACUCGUCAUUGCGCCAGGCACUAUGGCGCAGAAUUGGGUGGUGCGCUCCUACGCGGAUCGCGUCUUUCCGUCCAUCGAUGCGCUGCAAACAUGGCUGGCGUCGCAGAAUGCAGCUGAUCGCGCUGCACCCACUGCUCGCGUGCACCACGACAGCCUCGCCACCUACGCACGCGUGUGGGCGCUCCAGCGCCUCGUGGACAUGACUCUCGGUGGCAACCAGACCCUCUCUGUCGAGGCGACGAAUGCCUACCUCGAGGCGCUCCUCUUUGCCAUCCUUCUCGCCAUCGUCGGCGUCACCGGCUCCGUGCGAGCACAGCUGGGCACGGCCCUCUGCAUCGCGGCGGUGACCUUCGUCAAGGCACCGUAUGUAUGGGAUUGCGACUACUGGCUCCUCCUCACCGACCUGUCGCUGCUCGUGCUCUUUCUGGCGCAUCGCCGCAGCGCCAGCAAGAGCCUCCGCCUAGAGCCUUCAGCGGGCGAGCGCGCCAGCCUCUUUGCCGCCGCGUCCUCGCUCAUCCAGGAGCAGAUGGGGCUGCUCUACGUGGCGGCGGGUUUUUGGAAGCUCAACUCGUCCUUCCUCUCGCCGCGCCACUCGUGCGCGCCCGUCUUCUUGCUGCAGCUCUUCGCCGACAUCCUCACGCCUCGCGGCCUCGAGCUGCCUGCCGUGCUCGCCUCCGCUCUCGGCCAGAUGGCGCCGCUGAUGGUCCUCGUUGGCGAGCUCUCACUUGGCGUCCUGCUGCUGCUGCCGAGCCGCACCCUCAAUCGUCUCGGCGUGGCGCUCGCGCUGCUAUUUCACACCGCCGUCGCCGUCUGCCCGCCGCCCAAUAACGUGGCCAUCUUCUCGAUGCUCUGUGCCUCACGCCUCGUGCUUGCCCUGCCGUGCGGCUUUGACGCCGCCGCCACCGAGCUCAAGGCCCUCGUAGGCGGCGCCGGCGCCCGCAGGUCGCCGCCGCUCGUCGCGCGCCUCUAUUAUGCCGCCGCCGCCGUCGCAGUGGCCAUCGCUGCCGCACUCGCCGACCAUCGCGAGGCGCUCGCUUUCUUCGAUUGGGGCUUGCCCCUCUUUGUCGCUCUCGGCGCCUUCGUUUGCCGUGCAGUGUUCCUUGAUGGUGAGGGUGCCACGAGCAUGCCGACGGCUGCUGAGACGCUUCCGCUGUGGCGACUGCGUUUUGGCAUCCGAAGCUUGACGCUCUUCUACGCGUUUGGCGCCAUUGUGCUGGGCGUGCACGAUCAGGGCCAGCCGCAUAUGUAUGCCAAUCUGAGGCUCCACGGCGGCUCGAACCACUACCUCAUGCCAACGGGGCUGCUGCAGACACUCUUCGAAGGUGCCGACCCGCGUAGCCCCCUCGGCGACUUUUCCGGUGGCGUGGUGCGCAUCGAGCAGACGACCUCCCCGUCGCUCAACGCGGCUUAUCCUGCCGAGUACACCACGCAGUUCUCCAGCCGCACGCGCCAAUUGCUCAUGCAGGCGGGGCACACGGGGCGCAUGUGGAACCCGAUGCUCACGCUCAUCACAUCCUGUGAGGCGCCGUGGGAUCCUAAAGGCGGCACGCCCUUUGUCAAGUACACGCUGCCCGCGCUCGAGCUGCGGCGCUUUGUGCACGAGCUGCGCCGAAAGGGCGAGGCCUUCGAGCUCACGUACACGCGGCUGCACAAAGCCACCGACGCCAGGACGCGCGUGAGCAGCGCACAAGGUACGACCAUCACGCUGCGCGAGGAUGGCAAGGGGGGGCGCAGCUGCACCGUCAUUAGCGGCGGCGGCCUCGUCGGCGGGGUGGCCGCCGCCAUCGGCCUCGGCAAGCCGUGUGAUGCCGACGAGCUCGUGCUGCUGCCGCCGCCGUCGGCGAUCGCGCGCAAGCUGCUGCUCUUCGAGCCGUACCCGAUUGUUGAGGGCGACGAGGAGGAGGUGCACUGCUUUGGGCCGUAG